CUUUUUCAUUGGUUCUGCCCAAAGAGAAGCCGUUGUUGAGAUUCUUCUCCAUGAUGUUACACAACAAUAAUUGAAGAAAUUCAUCUUUAAUUGAUGAAGAUAAUUAACAGAAAAAAAUCAAAAACAAUCAACAAAAUGAGUUUUCCUCAAAUUCUGGUGAUAUUUUCAUUGGUUUUGUUUCUUAUUGAUUUUCAUGGUUCUUUUAUUGCUUGUUUGCUUUUGUUUUGGUUCUAAAUUAAGAUUAGUUGAUCAUUUGUUUGUGAGAAAAUGAAUUGUUUGAAAAAGUGUGAUUAUUGUUCACAAUCACCUGGUGAAUUUAAUUUACUUGAAUUGUUCAGUGGUAUUGGUGGUAUGCAUUUGGCUUUACAAUCAUCUGGAGCAGGUAAUUUAUAUUCACCAGUGAAUGUAACAGCAAUUGAUAUAAAUACAAAUGCUAAUUGUGUUUACCGUUAUAAUUUUCCGGAUAACAAUUUACUCUCUCGUAACAUUACCGCUCUAAAAUUGGAUGAAAUCACAAAGAAACCAAUUGAUUUGGUAACAAUGUCACCACCAUGUCAACCAUUUACCAGAUUAGGAUUGAAAAAAGAUCUGGAUGAUUUAAGAUCUGAUGCUUUUAAUCAUUUAAUGACCAAUGUUUGGCCUCAAUGGAAACAAAAACCUCGAAUGAUUUUAUUGGAAAAUGUAAAAGGUUUCGAGACCUCCAAAGCUCAUGAUCUCGCACUGGAAGUGUUUACUAAUUGUGGUUACGAGAUUCGAGAAUUUCUUUUAUCACCUAAUCAAUUUGGAAUACCCAACACCAGAUUAAGAUAUUAUCUUUUAGCUAAAUUGCCAAAUCAAAAUAAUGCAUCUUCAUCAUUUAUCAUUCCUAAAAGUGAUUCCAUCAUCAUGAAUGUUCCCGAGAUUAAUUUGGAUCAAAUUUGUUUCCAUUGUCGAGAUAAUUUAUCAAUCAAUGUUCCCAUAGAAGAAACCAUCAACAAUGAACCAAUAAGGAUAAAAAAAUUUCUACAAUAUGAUCCUAAUGAUGAACAAUAUAAUCAAUUAAUUUACAAUCAAUUUAAUGUUCCCAAAAAUAUUGUCGAUAAAUAUUUACCCGCCAUGGAUAUUGUUAACAUGGAAAGUGUUAAAAGCUGUUGUUUCACCCGCUCCUAUGGUACACUGAUUACUGGAACUGGGUCGUUGUUGAACAUUUCACCUGACAAACAAUCAACCGGCAAUCAAUUUAACAAAACAAUCAAUUGUGAUUUAAAGUUACGUUACUUUACACCAAGAGAAGUUGCUAAUCUAAUGUGUUUCCCAGAUAAUUUUAAAUUCCCAACAAAUUUAACCAAUAAACAAUGUUACAAGUUAUUAGGGAAUUCAAUUAAUAUCAAAGUUGUAUCAUUCCUAUUUAAAAUCCUUUUAGCAGAACCAAUUAGACAAUUGAACAAUUAAAACCAAACCGAUAAUCAAAUCAAA